AUGAGGCCCCUGGCACCAGGGAUUUAUCUUGGGAAGAAAGAUGCUCCAUUGCUUGUCUUGGUUGUGCUGAAGGGCCAGGAGGUGUGCGGGCUCCGGGAGCGGCUGGAGCAGGAGCUGCUGGCCCUGCAGGACCGGCAUGGCGCCGAGGUGGAGGAGUACCAGAGGAUAAUCGAUGCCCUAGAAGAAGAAAAGCAGUUCCUCACCAUGUCAAUCACAGAUUACCUGAAGGAUUAUCAAGAACUGCUGCAGGUGAAAGCAGGCCUCAUCCUUGAAAUUGAAACCUACAGAGCUCUGUUAGAAGGGGAGAGCAACCAGUGGAUUAUUACAUGGAGAGAUCAGCAUAGAGGGAAAUUGCCUCAAGAUAUUAUAAACACUUCAUAUAACUACACUGAUAUUUACUCUACUUAUCAAGAAAGAAAUAGAAAUAAAACUUCACCAGCUGUCAGGAUCACUGACACAAGACACCGAAUGCCAGUGGCAAAUAUUAGCAGUUCUGCACGUUACUCAGCCCAGUCAACACAGGCUGGAUCACAGACCACAGGUAGUGGAAGAGCUUUUGGAAGGGAUGUACUUGAUUCAACAUAUCGCCCUUCAACAACUUUUACAAAGGAUGAAAGGAUUGUCACAGACCACAAAGAAUUAAGAACAUUUACUCCAUCCUACAGUAGCUGGAAAAACACUGAAAUGCAGCAAAAGACAAUUCCAGAAAGAAAGAAAACAGAAGUUACAACUUCAUCCACAGUAUCUGUUUCGAAAGAAUCAGCACAUGUUGAAAAAUCAGACAAGGACCACAAACCUGACACAAAGCCAGGGGUUUCUGAAACCACAACAAAACCAAGCUUCACUAGAUUUCCUACUUAUGAGUUUCAUACCAAUCUAAAACCAUAUAAAUAUGAAGAAACCAUAACUGAGACUCGGACCACACUAAAAGAAAAAGGAGGAGACAGCAAAACAGCUGAAGAGAAAAAAUCUCUGCUGAAAGAAAAAGAUAAGCUAGAGAAACAAACAAAGGAGGACAAAGAGAAAACUGAUAAGAAACCUUCUAGAGAAGAAAGAAGUGUUGAUUUUGGAAGGAAGACUGAGCAAAGAAAAUACAUCUACGAGGAAGUUGUUAACCAGAAGUUGUCUGAUUCCAACAAAGCAUCUCAGAGUAAUAAAGACACGAGGUUACACGGUGUUAAAAUUUCCACAGGAAGGGAAGCAGGUGACCAUGUAACUAAGCCUGCUGAAAUUCACCAAGUGAGUGUUUCAGAAGACUCCAGCCUGAAACAUGAAGAGCGAACUAGUGACUUAAAUAAUAAAAUGGGAGCUCUGUCAACUGAAGAUAUAGCAGAGAAUAUUGUUGCUGACAUUCUUAAAAGUUUUACACAGCCUUCUAGUUCACAAGUAUCAACAGACACAAAAGUGACCUAUUUUAAUAAGAAAGAACAACCAGAUGAUGGGAAAAUAAAGACUGAGAUCACAGUGCAAUCUCAAGUUCAAGAAAACAUAGAUAUUUCUGGUGAAGCUGACGUGGGAGGUCUGUCAAACCAGAAUGUAGGAAAAGUGGUUCGGGAGGGUGUUGAGGGAACUCCUUCCAAAGAGGAGAUAGAAGAUAUAGUGCAUCAUGGCCUGAAAGGAAACGAGGGCAGAAAGAACAUCUCUGUUAAUGUUGAGAUUGUAGAGGAGCCACUAGAUUAUGCCACUGAUGAAAGGACUGAUUUUUCAACACCUUUUGAAGUAGAGGAAGUGGAAGACACGUUCCCUGAGAGAGAGAGGCGUUACGGGGAGGAGGAGGAGGAGCACAUAACGUUCACCUAUGAAGAUGUGAAAAAGAAGAAACAACGUCAUGAGAGUUUCACUCAUGUGGAAGAAGUCACCGAGGAAGAUGAUUCACCUAUUGAACAAAAAUAUUUUGUAUCUGUUCCUGAUGAGCAUCCUAUUAUUAAUGAGAAAGACGAUGACUCAGUGUAUGGGCAAAUUCAUAUAGAGGAAGAAUCCACUAUUAAAUAUUCUUGGCAAGAUGAAUUUUUGCAAGGCACACAAAGUAAGAGAGAUGAAGGUGUAAGCUCUCCAGAAGAAACCUAUCGAGUGGUAGGGGAGGAAGCGAGUGCCCAUAUUUUAAAAGAGUCUCCAGAAGCUGAAACAUCCCAUGUUGAAUCCACUGUUAUUGAAAAAGAAAUUAAGAUUCCCCACGAAUUUCAGACUUCAAUAAAAGGGCUUUUAUCAAAGGAAACAAAGGACCCUAAACAUCGACUGAAGGAAGCUUUGGAGCAGUUGGAGGGCAGUCUCCCAGAAAGUGUGAAAGAUGAGCUGUUUGCAUUAACAAAAGAAAAUCAAGCUGACUCUAGUAGCUUAGAAUUUGAUAUAAAAAAAGUUGAUCAAGCAGAGGAUGGUGGCUCGGUGACAAUUGUUGCUGAAGUCAAUUUGUCACAGACCCUCAGCACUGAUGAAUUUGAUGCAGCUCAGCUUGGUGAAGUAAUUGCAAGCGAGAAGGCAACGUUGAAAAAAGAUAGCUCGGAGACAGUUGUUGAUGGUAGAAGGAAUGUAGAUGUUUCUUCCCACAGUGAUAAAUACAUUGCUGUGGCUGAUCAAGAAAUCUAUAACUCAUCCACAGUGAGGAGGAGUGGUGGUGCAGGGUAUCAUACCACUGAAGAAGUUAUUUAUGAUGAUUCGGUUUUGGAAACUGCAGAUUUUGGAGAAGUUUCUCGCUCGGUGCAAUCAGCUGAUGACACCAAAUCCAUGAGGCAUGUAAAGGUUCAUCCAGCAGAAGUUCAGAGGUUUGAGCAGAUUGUCUACAAAGGGCCUGGUUCUGAAACUGUGGAGCUCAGUGCUACAGAAGAUCUUGUUCAAACAGAAGGAUCAUCAGAGUUUAGCCGAUCUGUGAAGCAUUUUAAAAUGGGUCCUAAAGAAAUCCAAACCAUGGAAGAAGUAAUUUAUUCAGGCCCUAUUACUACAACCAUAGAAGAGAUUGAUUCUGGAAAUCUUUCCCAGAAAUCCUCAACAGACUUCAACAGGUCCACAAGAAGUGUCACAGUAGGAUCAAGACAGGUAACUGAAGAAGUCUCUUUCGAAAGACCUGUUUCAGACUCUCUGGAGCUCAAUAGCUCAGGCAGUCUAUCUCAGACAGAAGGGUCUGUGGAUGUCAGCAGAUCAGUAAGGCACUUCAGAUUAGGUCCAAAAGAAUUUCACACUGAGCAAGUUAUCUUUGAAGGACCAAUCUCUGGUAAAGUGGAGGUCAGUGACUCUAGAGACUUCUCACAGGCACAAAGUUCAGUCAGACACAUUCAGUUGGGUCCCCAAGAGUUUAUGACAGCUGAAAAGAUUGUCUAUCAGGGGCCUGUCUCUGAGCACACAGAAAUCAGUGAACUGGAAGAUGGGACUCUUUCAGAAGGCUCCACAAAGCGCUUUAGAAUAGGUCAAGUGGGAGUUAAAACCACUGAACAAAUCAUAUAUCAUGGCUCCCUUUCUGAUACUCCAGAGCUCAUGAACAAAGAAGGACAUCUUUCAGAGAAUGAAGGAAGCUCUAACAUCAGAUCUUACAGGCAUGUUAAAAUAAGCCCUGGAGAAACUCAUGCUGAGCAAAUAAUCUUUACAAGCCCUGUUUCUGAAACACUGGAAGAUCUUUCACAGAUGGAAGAGUCAUCUGAGAGCAGUAGGUCUGUAAAGCACAUUAAAGUAGGAUCCAAAGAAGCAUCUUAUAGUUUUCAAAUGGAUGUUUCCAAUAUGGGUGGAAUAUCUACAAUAAAAAGUGGAGAACAGCAAGCAACAGUGCUUGUGUCCAAUCAGCAAGACCCUUCUGUUAGUCAGAUUGUAAUUGAAAGUGACCAGAUUGUAGGAAACAAAAAUCAAACAGGCUACGUUCUCUCCAGUUUUUCUCAAGAUCAUGGUGAAAAUGUAGUGGAAAAAUCAUUUUUUGAUAGAACUGUACAGUUGCAAAGUAUGGUAGACCAAAGUUCAGUUGUUUCUGAUGAAAAGAAAGUUGCUUUUCUCUACCUGGACCGUGAGGAGGAAGAUGAUGAUGAUAAUGAUGGACAGUGGUUCUGA